AUGCCAAAAUCGGCGAUUAUUAUAGGAGGCAGUGGUCUUGUCGGGAAACGGCUGGUCGAAUGUCUGCUAAAAGAUGAUGGAAUCUCGAAAGUCGUAUCGCUUGGGCGACGUGUCAUAGACGCUGAUUCCGUGUGCCCGUCAUGUACCACUGAGCAGAAGGCAAAGUUCAACAGUGUGGUGGUCGACUUUCUGAACUUGAGUUCACAUCGUGAAACAUUCAAAGACCAAGCUCUCGGUUUUUGUACGCUGGGAACUACGAGAGCUGAUGCUGGGUCUGCCGAGAAAUUCAAGGAGAUCGACUAUACAUACUGCUUGGAGUUUGCCAAACUAUAUCAGGAGGAGAACAAGGAUAAACCAACCCACUUCUUACUAUUGACGAGUGGAGGAUCUGAUGCGAAUUCCUUCUUUUUAUAUCCAAAGACUAAAGGAGAGCUAGAGCGGGAUUGUGGAAAGAUAGGUCUAGAUAAACUGAGCAUAUUCAGGCCCGGUCUUCUCAUGUUUCCAGAGGGAGAAACUCGACCUGGGGGUAGAAUCACCGAAUCUGUCUUGCAACGUAUUUUCCCCUACGUCGAUUGGAUUGCUCCGUCUCGACUGACGGCUCCAACGACUGUAGUUGCUUCUGCCAUGCAUAAGAAGGCACUUGAGCCUGUAGUCAAGUCAGGCACAACAAAUGUGGAAAUAUUAGAGAACAAGGCAAUUCUUGAAUGUGGGAUAUCAUCGUGA